AUGGGUAGCUUGCUACUCGGGCCUUCGAGUGUCGCCCAAGCGUUGCACUAUUGCUCGGGCCUGGCGCACCCCACCAAUACAACUUCGUUCUCCCUGUCGAGAGGUGUGGGAGUCGAAUCAGCCAUGGGCGGGCAGGAAUCGUUCAUAUACAGCUUCGUGGCACGUGGCACGGUGGUAUUGUCGGAGUACACCGAGUUCACCGGCAACUUUCCGGCGAUUGCAGCCCAGUGUUUGCAGAAGUUACCCUCUUCCAACAACAAGUUCACUUACAAGUGUGAUAACCACAUUUUUAACUUUCUAGUUGAAGAUGGCUAUGCUUGCUACUCGGGCCUUCGAGUGUCGCCCAAGCGUUGCACUAUUGCUCGGGCCUGGCGCACCCCACCAAUACCAUUCUGGUGGAGGAGUGGGGGUGAUAAUUCAACUGGAAUCCAUUGGAAGAAGUGGGCUUUUGUUACUCUCCCAAAGAAGUUGGGUGGUCUUGGCUUUCAUGAUCUGCAGUUACUCAAUGAUGCCUUAAUACUAAAGCAGUUGUGGAGAGUGGAAACCUUACCUAACCUGCUGGCUCUUGUAAAUCAGAAUGCCUCUUGGCUUUGGUCAAUCUGGAUGUCAGUAAGAGACAGAUACAAGAAGUGCCUUCAAAUUAACAUUGGAGAUGGGAUAUCAAAUAAUAUCUGGGGAGAUCCUUGGGCUUCAUCAAUUCCUUUUAUCAAAUCUGCAAGGGCUGUGACUGUUGAACCUGAGAUUCAGAAGGUUUGGGAAUUAAUGGAAGAAGGUGGUAGACAGUGGAAUAUCCCUCUGGUCAAGCAGCUGUUUAGUGACGAGGACAGUGAAAAAAUUUUGAAAAUCAAAAAUCUUGACCCUCACAAGAAGGAUAGGUGGAUAUGGAAUAAUGAAGCUAUGGAGAAAUUCUCAGUGGCCAAAGUCUAUUCUAAGCUGGUUACUGACAAGUUCAGAAGGUUGGAUAUUGCUGAGAGUAGCACAUCUGCAAAUGUGGUGAGGAAAGUCAGAAAUAGAACAUGGCAACUCAAAGUAAAAGGCAAGCUUAAGCAUUUCAUGUGGAAGUGCUUCUCAGCUGCACUGCCAGUCAAAUCAGAGCUGAGAAGGAGAGGGCUUUUCGUUGAUGCUAUAUGCAGCUCCUGUGGGGAACAAGAAGUCUGGAAAAACUCACCUAUCUAUUGGGACAUUGCACUUGAUGUAUCAACUAAAUUCAGGAACUGGUGGCAAGAUGUAUGUUCUGUGAAUAAACUUGAAGUGUCUAAAGCUCGCAUUCUGUGGGUAUUCAAAAAGGAGUGGCUGCCAGCUCAUGUCAUUGUGAAACUUGCCAUGAAGGACUGGCAGGAAUUUGCAAACAUGAACAGCAGAUAG